AUGAGUUUGAAAGGAUGCUCAGAUCAUCAGAUCUUUGACACCAAAAAUGUUGAUGUUGGGCAAAAUGUGACUCUAAUUUGUUCCCGGGAUCAUCGUUGGCAUUUUACAAACUUAUUUUGGAUCAGACUUGUUUCUCAGAACUUUCCUGAAAUUUUAGGGUCAACCACAUCUCAUGAUGCUCCGACGAUUGAAAACACUCAUCAUAUUACAACAAAACAAGAGCCUGGAACUUUUGUUCUACAUAUCAACAGAGCACAGUUAAGUGAUACAGCUGUUUAUUACUGCAUCAAAGUAAGACAGCGCAACAUGACAUUUCUGAAAGGAACUUUUCUUCGAAUCAAAGGACCUGACCCAGGCAUCACUGGUGUUACUCAAGACUCUUUGUCUAAUCCAGUCCAUCCAGGAGACCCAGUAACUCUGCAGUGUUCAGUCCUCUCUAAUUCUGAGAACAGAACAUGUACAGAAGAUGACCGUGUGUACUGGUACAGAACCAAACCAGAUGAAUCUCAUCCUAGUUUAAUUUAUAGUCAAGGAAAAAAUGGUUAUGACUGUGAGUGGAGUCCUGAGGCUCCCUCCCAACAGAAAUGUGUCUACAGCUUCUCCAGGAACGUCAGCUUGUCUGAUACAGGAACUUAUUACUGUGCUGUGGCCACAUGUGGAGAGAUACUGUUUGGAAAUGGAACAAAACUUGAUAUCGAAGUUCCAGUUGUCCAUCCUUGGAAUCUGCAGAAGACCAACACCGUUGUCUUUCUGCUAUGUGUUGCUCUCAGCAUAAGCCUGAUUGUUAUAGCCUUCCUCAGUUAUACCAUCAAAGAAAAACACAAAAACUCCGCUGCUGCUUCUCUACAAACAAAUACAGAAACAACUAGGGCAGAACAACAAAUUCAGCAAAGAGGACUGAGGACUCAUUGACUUAUGCUGCACCAACAUUUACCAAGAGAAACACUCGCAAAGCAGAGAGAAGGAAUGCAAGAACAACAGAGAAGAUUUGUAUUUACUCUGAUGUCAGAGCUUCUGAGUGUGGAAAAAGUGAUGCUUAAGCAAAGCCUGUCGCCCUGAGACAAAUUGCCAGCUGUGGCAACUAUUAUAUGUAUUAUGUUUGUAUUCGUGACGACUGUACAUAAAAUAUGAAUAAUGAGCUGACUUACCUUCAAUAACUGAAGAGAAUUCAAUUAGAAAAAUAAAAUCCAUCUUCACUUUGGACUGAUAUUUAUAUUUCAUGCUCAGACUCCGCAUCUGUCUGGAUAUUAAAAGUGGAAAAGAAAAACACUGAAAUGAUGAAUAAGUGAAAGUAAGUCUAGUAUGUCUUCAGACAUGAAGUUUGGUUUGGAACAACUACAAGACUUCGUAUUUAGUGUUUUUUAAAAUCAUGUCCCAUUUUUUCACUCUUUCUUGUUUUGCUUUGUGGCCGCUGUAAAAGAAAUAAAGAAAUCUGCACAGAAAAUUCUAAAAAGCUAUUUUGUUGUGUGAGCUCUUUGUAUCUUUAACUAUUUAUGUCAGGUGUUCAGAAAAUAACUAUGUGGCACCUGUUUGAACCUCUUUGCUUUGUGAUUACAGUUUUUUUCUAUCAGCCUGCAUUACAUAUAUUUUAUGUCUGUUCAGGAGGAUU